AUGACAUCCCCCAAAAUGUUGUUCCACCUGCUUUCCCGGAGAACUCCUCCAGCAUUCUCCUUCCACUAUCAAGUUUACCCUCCAAAUCCCCAUUACUUCCUCCAAUUCCACCGCCUCACAACCGCACCACCAACACCGCCGCCGCGAGAUGCCGCCUUAGCGAAGCUCAUCCUCAGCUCCGACCCACAAACCUUAACCCAAACCUUACAAGACCCGACCAUUCAAUGGACCUCAGACCUCGUCAACAGGACCCUCAAGCGCCUCUCCAACCACGGACCCAAAGCUCUCCACUUCUUCAAAACCGUCGACCGCCACCACUCCCUCUCCUCCUCCGACUCCUUCGACCUCGCCAUCGACAUCGCGGCCCGCAUGCGCGACUACAAGGCCGUUUGGGCCCUCAUGGCCCGAAUGCGCGCACGCCGCAUCGGCCCAGGCCCAAAAACGUUCGCCAUCGUCGCCGAGAGGUACGUCGCCGCUGGAAAACCCGAUAGAGCUGUCAAGGUGUUCUUAUCUAUGCAGGAACACGGUUGUGUUCAGGAUUUGAAUUCGUUCAAUACGAUUCUUGAUGUUCUUUGUAAGUCGAAACGCGUCGAAAUGGCUUAUAAUUUGUUUAAGGCUCUAAAGAGUAGGUUUAAGGCUGAUUGUGUUAGUUAUAACAUUAUUGCAAAUGGGUGGUGUUUGAUUAAGCGCACGCCCAUGGCAUUGGAGGUGUUGAAGGAGAUGGUGGAGAGGGGAUUAGAGCCGAGUUUAACGACCUAUAAUACAAUGCUUAAAGGGUAUUUUAGAGCUGGUCAGAUCAAGGAAGCUUGGGAGUUUUUUUUGCAAAUGAAGAGGAGGAAAUGUGGGAUUGAUGUUGUUACUUAUACUACCUUGGUUCAUGGGUUUGGUUGCGCGGGUGAGAUUGAGAGAGCUAGAAGGAUUUUUGAUGAGAUGGUCAAAGAGGGCGUGCUUCCUUCGGUCGCUACGUACAAUGCUCUGAUUCAGGUUUUGUGUAAGAAGGAUAGCGUGGAGAAUGCCAUAUUGGUCUUUGAGGAGAUGUUGAGGAAAGGGUAUGCCCCUAAUUCGACAACUUAUAAUGUGAUUAUUAGAGGAUUGUGUCAUGCCGGUGAAAUGGACAGGGCUUUGACGUUUGUGGAAAGAAUGAAGGAUGGGGAUGAGUGUGAGCCGAAUGUUCAGACGUACACUAUUGUGAUCCGUUACUUUUGUGAUGCUGGAGAGAUCGAAAAAGGGUUGGAUGUUUUUGAGAAGAUGGGUAGUGGGAAUUGCUUGCCCAAUUUGGAUACUUAUAAUAUUUUGAUAAGCGCAAUGUUUGUCAGGAAGAAAUCGGAUGAUUUGUUGGUGGCCGGAAGGUUGUUGGUUGAGAUGGUUGAUAGAGGAUUUCUGCCCCGGAAGCUUACUUUUAAUCGGGUUCUAGAUGGGCUUUUGCUAACGGGGAAUCAAAGUUUUGCAAAAGAGAUUUUGAGAUUGCAGACUAGAUGUGCCCGUCUUCCUCGUCAGUUCAAAUUGUGAAAGAGGUUUGGCAUUCCAAUUGGCUCAUGAAUCCUAUAAAUUUCACUUAAAUCCUUUUCUGAAGGGCUUCCAUUCAUGCUUGAUAUUGUCUUCUUUAAUGGCUUUGAUGUGCUGCUCCUUUGCCUCUUCAAACAUCUAUGAUUGAAUUAGGAAUUUAUAGUUGGCACCUAACUGGGGACUUUCAGUGCCUGCUUUUGCAAGCAGCCCAGAGAGUAGGACUUAUGUUAUAUAAGCUGUGGCCAAGGGGCCUGCAGCCUUUUACUGAUAACAAAUAUCAUUGUUUGUGGCAGCAAUUGAGAGAGAUGUCACUGGUGAUGAACAUGAAUGAGGUGACUUGAACUUGCUUUUAUACCCUAUUUGUAUCAUUAGGGAAGUAUCCUAGCUCGGCUGGGGGAAACUCUUCAUUAAAGCAGGGUGACAUAUUACCGUCAACCACAGACCUCACACCAGAUUUACUCUUCCUGAUCCCCCAAAAAAGGCAGAUGCUCCUGCAGGUAGGAGCUACUUCACUUUCGGUGUUCAGCAGUCCCUUUGAAUUGAUAUCCGAAGAUUCUCUGUAAUAGGAUGGUUUGAAAUGAUGGUGUACUACAGAUUGUGGUGACAUGAAUAGGAUAAGCAUACAAAUGAGGCGGAACAUGGAUAACAAAGAGGUUUGAGCUGGUCAAGAGUACGAAAUUAUUGACAGAAACUCUUCAAUUGUCACAUGAUAAUGUAUGCUCAACCAUUCACUUCAGUCUAACUGUUUGUUCUUUUGUAUUUGAUUGAGCAACUAUUCAGUGAUAUGAUAUAGGUGUAGGGUUCAUAGCCAUUGCUGUCUUAGCAAAGGUUCAUGGCAGGUGCCUCUCCUUUCACUUUCCCUUGCAGAAAAUUUCCAUCAAUUUGAUGGAUCCAAUUGGGGAGAGUUGGACCUAAUAAAAUUGAAGAUUUUGAUGGGUGUAUGGUAUUCUGAUUCCUGUCGAUGUUUGUCAGUGUUGUGCUCAAUUGUUUUGCUGAAUCCGAGCAGGCCUGAUUUACUCACUGCUGCAGUACUUGUUGCAUUAAGAACCCUGCCAAUUGCUACCAUCAAUAACUGAAGGUGGUGGAAGGAGUUGGGUUUUGUGGUCAUAAUCAAUUGAGAAUGUAGUCUCACCAACAUAGUUUUUAUGGCUCCCAAAGGAGAUCGUAGAAAUAAGAAAGGAAGAAGAUGCAAUAAUCUUUCCAAGCAGCAGCUGUAAGAUAGACUGCUUUCAAGUAUCUGAGUCUAUUACCAUUGAGUUGGUCUAUUCCUCUAGAGACAUGGGGUGCAUUUAUGAUUUUUA